AUGCGAGUCGGCUUCUUGGGUUUGGGGGUGAUGGGAACGCCCAUGGCCCUCAAUCUUUCCCGUCGCUUCCCUCUCUCAGUAUGGAACCGAAGCCCAGCAAAAUACGCAGUCCUCCGGCAAGCAGGUGCCAACAUUGCAGAAUCACCGAUCGAAGUGUUGGAGCAGUCCGACGUGAUCUUCACCAUGCUGUUCAACGAGCGCGCAUUCGACACCAUUAUGGACAAGCCAUUUUACAAGGCCCUCGCCGGCAAAACAUUGAUCAAUACCAGUUCGGUUUCGGCAGACUUUAGCCAACGCCUCGCGGCCGAGGUCUCCCAGGCGGGUGGCGACUUUGUCGAAAUGCCCGUCAGCGGCAGCAGAGUGCCCGCGGAACAAGGCACACUGGUGGGCAUGAUGGCUGGCGACGAGGCGGUAGCGCAGAGGAUACAGUCGGUUGUCGAGCCCAUCACGAGCGCCGCCAUCUACUGCGGCCCCGUCGGCAUGGGGCUCAAGACCAAGUACGCGGUCAACCUCUUUCUCAUCACCAUGACCGCGGGCCUUGCCGAGGCCAUGAACCUGGCUCAAGCGCAAGGACUCAAUCUCGAUGCCUUUGCCCAGGUCAUACAGGCCGGUCCCAUGGCGUCUGCCUAUUCGGGGCUCAAGAUUCAAAAGAUGCUCAAUCAGGAUUGGUCUGCGCAGGCAGCCAUCAAGGACUGCUACAACAGCACUCAGCUUAUUCAAACAGCAGCAGCCGGAUCAGGCGUGAAUUCGCCACUAAUACAGCUUUGUGGCACAUUGUACAAACAGGCAAUAGAGUCGGGGCUUGGCGAAGAGGAUAUGAUCAGCGUGAUGAAGGUCAUUGGGGCGCUCAAUGCAGAAAAGGCUAACAGCUGA